GGAAGUUCUGCUUUUCUUUUCGCGACGCCAAUGUGAUCAGUAUCGGCGCCACCGAAUCGGGAUUAGCGCGACUGCGGGCGUAUCGCGCUAAAACGCGAUUUCACGUGAUUAAAUAUGCAUACCCAAUUUGCUGUGCAACUUUCGGUUUGAGAACUCAACGUUAUGUUUGGAUGUCUCGCUACAUAUGUAUAAAGUGAACAGUAUCCCGGCAUUCAAAACGCAAAAACUCGAGUACAAAUUACAUCAACUAUCCCUGAUGAUCCACACGAGCCCCAUAUACCACAAUGCGCUUGCUCAGCGCUUCCAGGGCCGAUUGGACACGUUAAUCGAACAUGGCGAUAUCAAGCCCUUCUUCCUGUGGCAUAUGCUUGUGCUGUUUGGUCUUCCGCUAUCGGCGUUGCUUGUGCUCCACCAUGAUGGCUCAAGAUUUAUACGGAGAUCAGUUUUCGCCCUGAUUCUCGGUGUGGCUUUUGAUUUGAUCAAAUACAGGCGGUCACAGCUAGGCGCGAAUGGCUAUAUGCUGGGUGUGUUGACGACAUAUUGGGUUAUCUGGUGUGCAGCGCUACUUAUAUUCAAUGAUGUGGAGAAGAAAUUCAAGCGGAUCGAGAGACGAACUGCUCCUGUGAAUGUGGGACCUGAAGACUCUGGGUUUAUCGACAUGGACAAAGAUGGUGAUGUAGACGGCUGCGAUGCACAAACCAGUGGCUCCGACGGUGGCUCAACUCCGACAGCCAACCAAAAGCCUGAUGGUGAUUCUGCAAAGAGACAGGGAUCUGAAGAACCCAAGAGUCAGAAAGAAGUGCUUGUAUGGCAGGCCUACCCGCGGCCCUUUCUACACCGUCUCAAUUGGGCAUUCGACCUAUUGAGCAACAUGAGAGGCCCACAAUGGAACUGGCGAGUUUCCACCAUGGGACCCCUGCCUGCAUCCGUCAACGCCCAACUAAAUCCAGGGAAACGAGAUACGUCACGGGAACUGAACGACUCUGAAGUCUUGGACGCUAAAACCCGUCUGAAGAUUGCAUUUGCAUCCUUUGUGAAGUCGUACCUCCUCUUAGAUCUCGUCAAGGUUCUCAUGAUGCGAGACCCUUAUUUUAUAGGCAUGGCAUCGCCUGACAUUCCGCCGCCGUUUCCGUUCAACUAUCUUAGCGACAUCCCAGGCGGCGUCACUUUAUACCGUCAUAUGUUGACAGGCUAUGGUGUUUAUAUCGCCUUGAGUUAUGGAACCUCAUUCGGCCCACCGAUAUUCCUCGGACUAUCUGUUGCCUUCCCCAACUUUGCACGGGCUAUAACAUCCGUCCCCCUCGACGCUCCUUGGCUCUAUGCGGAUACCUUUGGUCCAUUCUUCAAAUCUGCACUGGAACAUGGCCUUGCUGGAUGCUGGGGCCGAUGGUGGCAUCAGCUAUUCCGUGUGGGGUUCACGAAUGCAGGUCGUUGGAUCUUAUCUCUAUUACCGCAACGACUAGCGACAAAUAACAGUAUCCGGCGCGCCGUCAUAACAUUCGUCGCCUUUUCUCUUAGCGGACUUCUUCACGCUUUUGGGAGCCAUACCCAACUCGGAGACACGAAGCCACUUGGUCCAUUCAUGUUCUUCAUCCUACAGGCUGCCGGCAUCACUAUCGAAGAUACAUUCAAAAGGAUCAUCUUGCCAGUCCUGCUCCCGUUCAAGAUACGCCGAUGGCUACGUUGGACCGGAAACGCUUUGUUCGUGUACUUUUGGCUUACGAUUACGGGAGGAUGUGCGGCGGAUGAUUUUGCAAGGAGUGGUAUGUGGACUACGGAGCCUAUACCUGUUAGUCUAAUUCGUGGCUUAGACCUGGGUGUUCAAGGAGAGGGGUGGUGGUGUUGGAAGGAGCCUUGGUUCCGGAGGAUACAGGGUGAGCGGUGGUGGGAGAGCGGGUUGCAGGUUUUGUAGAAUGAGGAAAGACGUCUCGUUGGAUAUAGCAUAUAGAACUUGUU